AUGGUGGGGGGAAGUGGUGAAGAAAAGGGGCAGAAAUCAGGCUUCAUGGCCCGGCUCAUCACCGUGGCCGCCCCCGGCCGCUCCGGUUUCGCCCGCCUCCAGCUCCGGCUCCGGCUCCGGCCCCGGCCCCCCCCAGCGCCCGGCCCCGGCCCGUCCCCGCCGCCGCCGCCGCCGCCGCCGCCGCUGACAUCAUCGGCUCCCCCCGCCCCGGUCCUACCCCCACCCCCACCCCCGGAAACAGUACCCCCCCAGCGCCGCCGCCGCUGCCGCUGCGAGGAGGCCGGCGCAGCGCAGCCGGCACAGACACCAGGCUCCUGGCUCGGGCUUGUGGCGCCAGCGCGCCCGACGGCCUGCGCCCAGACCGAUCCUGGGAAGGGACCGAGGCCACGCAAGGCCGCCGGACUAGCUGGCAGUCACCCCUACUUCAACCUGCCUGACUUCACGCAGCCAUCACCACCCUCCACUUCGCCCAGUCUCUCAUCGCACCAGCGCUGCCGGCCCUCCGAUGCCACCAAGGGCCUGCUCGUGGCCCUGCUGGGUGGGGGCCUACCUGCUGGCUUUGUGGGCCCUUUCUCCCGUAUGGCUUACCAGGCUUCCCACUUUCCCUCGCUGGAGCUGCUCAUCUGUCGAUGCCUCUUCCACCUCCCCAUUGCCCUGCUACUUAAACUUCGUGGUGACCCCCUCUUAGGACCUCCCGAUGUCCGGGGCCGGGCCUGCCUCCACGCCCUGCUCAACGUCCUCAGCAUCGGAUGUGCCUACAGUGCAGUUCAGGUGGUGCCCGCCGGCAACGCUGCCACCGUCCGCAAAGGUUCUUCCACUGUCUGCUCUGCUCUCCUCGCCCUCUGCCUUGAGAGCCAGCGUCUCAGCGGCUAUGACUGGUGUGGCUUGUUGGGCAGCACUCUGGGACUCAUCAUUAUUGUGGGACCUGGACUAGGGACCCUGCAGGAGGGGACCACGGGCCUCUACACUGCCCUAGGCUAUGUGCUUGCUUUCCUAGGUGGCCUGGCACUGUCACUGGGGCUCCUGGUGUAUCGCUCCCUGGACUUUCCCUCCUGCCUACCAACAGUGGCCUUCCUGUUUGGUUUGGUGGGGCUGGUGGGCUCUGUGCCAGGCCUCUUUAUGCUGCAGACCCCCGUGCUGCCCAAGGAUCCUCUGAGUUGGAGCUGUGUGGGGGCAGUGGGGAUCCUUGCCCUGGUCUCCUUUGUGUGUGUGAGUUAUGCGGUCACUAAGGCCCACCCCGCCCUGGUGUGUGCCGUCCUGCACUCUGAGGUGGUGGUGGCCUUGAUGCUGCAAUACUAUGUGCUCUAUGAGACCGUGGCACCUUCUGACAUCAUGGGGGCAGGGGUCGUUUUGGGCAGCAUUGCCAUUAUCACUGCCCAGAACCUCAGCUGUGAGAGGGAAGGGCAGGUGGAGGAGUGA